UGCUCGCUGCACGCCACACAAAGCCCACCAUUUCGCUUCAACCCAAACGUCUGCAGAGAAAGCCACAUCUCUUCCUCGCUGGAAGCCACAAGUCCUCACGAGCAGGAGAGAGAGAGAGAACCAGUUGUGGAGACAAUUGAAGCGGGCCGUGAAGAGGUUUAUCUAGCGGAUUGCAGAAUCGGAUCUAUAUGUUGUCGUCUACUCCGGCGGCAGAAGAAGGCGGUAGCGAGUUCGGAGGACAAGUGGGAUUUUGUGCGGACUCUCAUCAUCAGCAGCAGCAGCAGCAGCAGCAGCAGCAGCAGCAGAAGAAGGGGAUUGGGAUUCCUGCGGGCAUGGCUUUCCAGGACAUGCUGGGCUCUAUUACGACCUCCGCUGCGGCUGACGAGACCUCUUCGGAGGAUCCGAACAAGAAGAUCAGGAAGCCAUACACCAUCACUAAGUCGAGAGAGAGCUGGACCGAGCAAGAACACGACAAGUUCCUCGAGGCGCUUCAGCUAUUUGAUCGUGAUUGGAAGAAAAUAGAAGCAUUUGUUGGGUCAAAGACAGUUAUCCAGAUCAGGAGCCAUGCACAAAAAUACUUUUUAAAAGUUCAGAAAAAUGGAACUAGUGAGCAUGUCCCGCCUCCUCGGCCCAAGCGCAAAGCUGCUCAUCCAUAUCCUCAGAAGGCUUCUAAAAAUGGACACCAAGUGUCUCAACCUACAACUUCAUUUCAAAAUGCCCCAUGCCUUCCUGAGCCAGGCUAUCCUCUCAAAUCAGAUAGGUCAUCAGUGAUUAGAAAUUCUACAAGUGGAACAAUUUCCUCAUGGGUCCCCGUUCAGCCUACUGAUGCAUUACACACAAUAAAAGAAGACGCAGGGCCUUCGGGGAGUGUGUUGUUUAAUAAUAGUUCUAGCUGCAGCAGCACUGAAAACCCGCAAAUGACUAGGCAAAAUUGUGAAACGGCUGAUCAAAGGCAUCAUGACGCAUCAGUUCGUGAUAUGCCAGACUUUGCUCAAGUGUACAGCUUUAUUGGAAGUAUUUUUGAUCCUAGCAGAAGAGGUCACUUGCAGAAGUUGAUGGAAAUGGACCCAAUCGACGUUGAAACAGUUUUAUUGCUGAUGGGAAAUCUCAGCCUCAACCUGACAAACCCUGAUUUUGAAGACCAUAGAAGACUGCUGUCUUUGUAUGAUGCCUGUGCAGAGAAAGGCAAAGCAAGUAGUAGCCAGGGCAUGCUUAAAGCUGGUGAAACUUUAAACACCCCGUUCUUGGUGAAAGCCGAGCAGUAAAACUUUAUAAUGAAGGGACAUUUACAUACAAAAUACCUAAUUUUUAUAUAUUUACAUAUCUAAUACUUAACCUUUGAUAUUUAUUUUGUGUAACAUUUUUAACAACUCAAUCACAUCCAAACAGAAUAAAUAUCAAAAUUUUGGUGUUUUAUAUGUAAAUAUACAAAAAUUUUGUGAUAUGUAUAUAAAUCCCACUGAUGGAAUAAAUGCGUGUAUGUUUAUGGUAUUUGAAGAAGAAACUGUUUGCUUGAAAGGCUCCACCAUCAUCCAAAGCAACUUCUCUGGCAGUUCUAACCCUGGAAGUCUGGUAGUAUUUCCUUCCUCUGUACAAAUCUGACAAAACCCGCUGGAACGGUAACCUUUUUUGGCUUGUAUAUUUGUUCUUGAGGUUGAUGCAUGUAAAUACCGAGUUGCUUUUAGGCUAAAGAAUUCGUAGAUAUGUGAUCAUUGCUGUAUUAAAAUUAGUGUUGAGUUUGUUUUUAAUUGCAGAGUAAUAGCAAAGGUUUUGGCUUCUGAAAUGCUG